AUGAGAAUCCUCGGAGGAUGGUCCGACGCGGGAUGGUGCGUCAUUUGCGCUCUGCUGAGCGUUUGCGCGUUUCCGCUGAGAGAGAAGGCUAACGAGAUGCAUUACAUCGGUCGCUCGAGAUCAUCUGACUCGAAAUCGAUGGCCAACGGCUACGGGUUCGGGGAGAUAUCCGCGAGUAAAUCGUCCGAGAUCGUUGAGGACAGCCUGGAGGAGUUAGGGGAAGACGAGGAGGAGGAGGAGGAGGAGGAGAUACCGCCAACAAUGAGGGCUAUUACCGCAAGGGCAAAGAGCGACGUUGCCCUGCUACCUUUGAUCAUAGAACCCGAGGCGGAGAUGUUGCCGCCUGGUUAUAAGGGCGUCAAGCCACCCGGCGUCAGCCACAUGGAACUCGUGUUCGUGAAGCCGCAAACUGGCCAGUCGGAUCACCGUAGGAGCGCGAUGUCGUACGCCUCACCGACGGGCGAAGGGAAUUUCGACAUCGGUGAGUCCGAUGGAUUCGAUCAGGAUCGCGACGCGUAUUACGCGGCAUCCAAGCACGAGGCGCAGAUUACGAGAAACGACCGAGGCGGUGAUAGACGCGUUGUCUUCGAGACGGCUGUCACGGGCGACACGAAAAAGCAGAGUGAGAGAAGCGAGCGCACUCAAUCCUCGGGUAAAGGUAAGAACUAUUCCGAAAGUGAGAAUCACGCCAAGGAGUAUGUAGAUGGGAUCGCGGGGAAAAAGGAUGUCGCCUACGAGAGCGGGGAUAGCCGUGAGAAGGCCCGUAACGCCGCCGGAUAUCGCAAUGUUUAUCAGAAGGACGAGAUGAAGAAAGACGCGGACUUCUACGACAACGGACGUCAGGGUGGACACUUUGAGAAGCACGGUCGAUACGGCGAGAAAUAUGCCGCCGCUGAAGGGAUGUACGAGACAGGCGGCAGCAACGAUUCCAGGCUGGUCAAGACGAAAACUAAUAAGCGACGGAAGUUGGAGAAGGCGAGGGCCAACUGA